AUGAAGUCUUCUGCAAUUCUCGGUCUCUUUAUUGUCUAUGCAGCUACUGCUAGUGCGAUUCCAGUGAAACAAAGAAAUCAUCAAGUUGACAUCACCUUCAUUGGUGCUGCCGACGCCCAGUUCACUCAAACCAUCCCUACUGACGGGUCCACUGUCUCUAUUGGGAACCCAUUGAGUAUCUCACACAUCUCAUCCAGCACUGCCGGAGUUCAGUGUACCUUCAAUGGGAUUGAUCAUAGCGUGACAAUCGUCAAUGGCGCUCAAUGGGUAGAUGUUGGCCCUCCCCAGACCCAAGUGAGUGCAUCUUGCCAGACCCAGGGAUCGGGUUCAUCCCCUGCACCUCCUUCCACUGGGACCGACCCUACUGGAGAUCACCCCCACGGGGAUCAAGUGCAUGUCACUUUCCUUGGAGCUGCCGAUGCCCAGUUUACCCAGGACUUCCCCUCCAAUGGUGAAUGGGUUCAAAUUACGAACCCGCUGAGCAUUUCCCACAUUCAAACCAACACGGAGGGCGUCACUUGCGUCUUCAACGGCAUUGACCACAGUGUUACCACUGUUGUUGGUACGCAGUUGGUCGAUGUCGGACCCCCGCAAACCCAGGUGUCGGGUUCCUGCGCAUGA